AGUACGACUUUACCUCACACUUGUUUCUCCUACUUCUCCAUUAAGCAACUCUCUCUUCACAUAUCACACGACAGAAGACAAACCAAAACACCAUGGAAACACACGUCGACGAGAUCGACAACCUGGACACCACUUCGUGGACCUCCGCCACAACCGGGACAGUUGCAGGUGGUUCCCUCACGAAUUGCGUCUCUUUCGAAUCCUCCUCCUCUCCGAUCGACGACGACACUCCGAAUUCCACACCUACAUCCACUCUUAUUCUGCACCCUCCGUCACCCGAUUCGGGCCCUUGCGAGAUCACCAUUAAUUUCACACAAAAGCAUGAGAUCCAGCAGGUUUGUGAUCGAAGUACUGCCCGAGUAUAUACGAUAGACUGUGCACCUGAUAUGCAGAGUGGCAAUGAACAUCUCUGCACUGUUCGCCGUGGCGUUGCUGCCCGAGAUGAACAAGUGCUACACACAGGUGAUAAUGAUAAAGUUUGUCCUGCAAAUUCAAAUGAGUCGCUUAGGUACCCAUCCGAAGCUAAGUCAAGAAAUGGAAAUAGCCCGAACAACAGUGAAGAUGACUGUGUUGAAGUGAAAGUCUUAGAUACUAAUGUGCUUGAUAAAAAAAUCAAUUCAUCGCAAUUGAAGUUGGGAUCUGCACAGGAUUUUUAUGAAUCUACAGCACAGACUAGUGAUGCAAGUCCUUGUGUAUCCCUCACACUUCGUCUACUGUCGCUUGGGAGUUCUCUCAUGGCCAUGCUUGUGCCUACCCUUUUGCAAUUCUGUAAAACAAGGGGUGCUAACCGAACACAGGACAAGCCAAUUUCUGAUACAUGGGGAAAACAGAACUCUCUAGCGACUGUGUCAAAAGAAACCGAUUCUACCAGUGUUGCAACUAAGAUUCAGGAACAACGAAAAGCCAGCAUACCUGAUCACCAAGAAGUAAAGAUUCCAGAUUUUAAUAAGGCUAGUACUAGUACUGCCCGGGUAUGUAUCCCGUCAAGAGUUGAAAGCGCCGUGGACCAGCUUUAUUCUCGAAUGGGCAGAAUUGAGGAUCUGUUUUUGAGGUUUGAAGAAAAGAUGCUAAAACCGAUAAGCAGCAUUGAGGCAAGGCUUGAAAGGGUAGAGCAGCAACUUGAAGUACUGGCGAACAAAUCACCGUUGCGAGGCAACAUGCGCAAGAUUCUAUGCUUCUUCUUUCUCAUGCAAUGAGUCUGAGUCUAACUCUUGCUAUAAUAGUGGAAAUGAUUAUCACCGUUGCGAGGCAUUUGAAUCAGGUGAGAAGGACAUUCAACCAGACGCACCCCCGACCACAGCUUAUGAAAUGUCUGCUUCGGUAAAUUCCACCCAUUUGCUUCCAAGUCUGGUAGUAACUGCUUCUGAAUUUUUAAAUGGUGAUGAUGACGAGGACGAAGAAGAUCACGGAUCAGAUGUUGUGAUAGGUUCAUCAGAAAAACCAAGGCCUGCUUGGACAAUAGAUGAUGCUUUAGCAUCUGCACUAGCUGGCAUGUCUUUGACUUCAACCCAGCCAGAGAAACAUGCUCAAACUCUUUCGGGUAAAGCUCCUGAUUUUUUAAUUGAAGAAGACGGUAGCGUUGAGAGAAAGGGAUCGACAAGAGAGGAACAUGAAGUAGGCACGGAUUCUUCCAUGUGCCUUGGUGAAACUGAUGCGACAGAGAACAUAAACGUUGGAAUAUAAGUUUUUGUGCUAGAGAAAUAUUAGUUUAAGUCUUAGUAUUUCAAGUUUAAAUGUGCUAUUGGAUUAUAUUCUAAUUGGACAGCUGAGAUGUAAUCUUAGUGUUAGUAAUGUGUAUUGCCACUUGUAGCUAUCUUAUAGGGUAGAUUACAUGAAUGGUGGAGAUUGAACUUUGUGAGAGAGAAUCCCUCUCUCUUCC